CCCCCCCCUUCACCUCCUUAACACCAGGUCUCCCUCUCAGGUUAGCUAGCCCACUCUAAAAAAAACAAAACAAUGUCCUCUUCUUCAUCUCUUCUCUCUCUCUCCUGCUUCUCUCUCCUCCUUACCCUGAUCUUCACCAACACCAAUGGAGCCCGCCCGGACUUCAUCAUGACCGUAGUCAACAACUGCCCCUACCCAAUCUGGCCCGCCAUCCAGCCCAACACCGGCUUCCCUGUCCUUGAACGGGGCGGCUUCCACCUCGACAAGCUCUCCCACCGCUCCUUCCCGGGCCCCGCCCAGCACUGGGCCGGCCGGGUCUGGGCCCGCACCGGCUGCACCGCCUCCGCCCCCGGCCACCUCUCCUGCGCCACCGGCGACUGCGGCGGCCGCCUCGAGUGCGCCGGGGCCGGCGGCGCCGCCCCCGCCUCCCUCGCCGAGUUCAGCCUCCACCACGGCCACAAGGACCAGUCCUCCUACACAGUCAGCCUGGUUGACGGGUUCAACAUCCCCAUGACCAUUACGCCCCACGAGGGGCAGGGCAACUGUCCCGUCGUGGGGUGCCGAGCGGACUUGCUCGCCACGUGUCCCCAGACGCUGCAGCUGCGGUCACCCGCGGGACACGGGCCCGUGGUGGCGUGCAAGAGCGGGUGCGAGGCGUUCAGGACCGACGAGCUGUGCUGCAGGAACCAGUACAACAGUCCGCAGACGUGCAAGCCGUCGACUUAUUCGGAGUACUUCAAGAAGGCGUGCCCGGCGACGGUGACGUACGGGCACGAUAGCCCGUCGUUGACGCACGAGUGCUCGUCGCCGAGGGAGCUUAAGGUCAUUUUCUGUCACUAGAUCGAUGUCGAAGGUUUUCAUCCUAGUCCGUAGUAGUAUUAUCCUAGUAAAGGAUGGAAUUAAUGGUGUUAUGUUUUCUAGUGUACGUAGUAGUUGUAGGGGGUACUGUGCUUGUUUGUUUGUCGUUUGGUUGUGUGAUGGUUUUAAUCUAAUCUGUGUACCGGUUUCAUUAAUUAGGUGUACGUUUUGUUAUUUUUAAUUUGACAAAUAAAGGCCCCGUUUCUC